AUGGUGUCCACCAGAUUACGCUCAGAAAUUCAUGCACCUUCAAACGGAGACAACACCGCAACCCAGGAUCCACCCUUGUCUCAGGUCACCGCUGCAACCUCGAAUCCCGUCACCACCACACCACCAGUCACGUUGACCCUUGCUAGCAGUGGCACAACCACCGCUGCUCAAACCUCGAUUCCUAUGAUUUUUGGCACGCUGCCCCCUAUGACUAAUGUUGUGGCCACAGCCACUGAUCAUGGGACUCGUUACUCUACCGUUGUGACAACCACAAGAGGACCAACAGAUGAGUAUGUAGUUUAUACGGAUGACUCUUCUGAAGAUUCAGAGAGGGACUACGAUAUUCCCCCACGAAGAAGGAGAGAUGGAAAUCAGAGCCGAGGCUCCCAGCACAACAUUAGGCCGAAUAACCCCGAGUCCCGUCGACCCACGGACCAGGAGUAUGAAGCUAGGAUUCGAGCUUAUGAACAGGAGAUAGCUCAAUUGAAAAGAGACAGGGCGGCACAACAGGCCAGGCAGCCACCGCCCGAACCUCGGCAAAGGACUAAAAACCCUCAGAACUCAGGUAUGAAUAGAAUUCACUUGUUGGCAGCAAGGAUUUCUCGAAAGUUCAAAUUGCCCACUAUUAAGGCAUAUGAUGGAACGGGUGACCCCGCGAAUCAUGUACGAACCUUCAUGAAUGCAUUGCUGUUGCAACCGGUCACGGAGGCCAUCAAGUGUCGAGCCUUCCCCCAAACCUUGAGCAGGAUGGCUCAGCACUGGUUCACCAAGGAGGCGCUCAAAGUCCCGGAUUUGGACCAAAAGGUAGCGAUGAUCGCCCUUCAACAAGGAACCACGGAUGAUAAUUUCCGCCAAUCACUAGCCAAGAGGGCCCCUGACAACAUGAAUGAGCUCCAAGAGAGAGCCGGGAAGUAUAUUAAGGCGGAGGAAAGCAUGAGAAAAUCCCAGAAUAACCAGGGACCAACCACGGACUCUAAGAAGCGUGGGAACGAUACUGAAUAUGAUGCUGAUAACAAGUAUUUGAAAAGGGAAGAUGGUGAAAAGUCACCCACCAAGAAGCAAUCAGGACCGAGGUUCACUGAGUAUGCAAGGCUGAAUGCCCCCAAGAGUCAGAUUCUGAUGGAAACUGAGAAAGAGGGAGGAUUGAAGGAUGAGAUUGAGUUUUUGAUCCGGAAAGGCAAGUUGUCCAGGUAUACUAAGGAUGUAGAUAGGAAGCCCCAUGACAAUGAUAGUCGCGAUAGGGACAAUGAUGAUCAUGAUAGGAGAACCGAGCCUCGAGGGCUCGUGAUCAAUAUGAUCUCUGGAGGACCGACUGCAGCAGGCUUGUCUAGUAACUCACGAAAAGCUUAUGCUCGUGAAGUGAUAUGUAUCGUUGGAGAACCUCCGAAGAGGGCCAAGACCGAGAUUGCGUUAACCUUUGAUGAUUCUGAUCUAGAAGGGGUGAAGUUCCCCCAUGACGACCCGUUGGUCAUAACUCCCGUUAUUGGAAACUCAUCUAUUAAGAGGGUUCUUGUUGAUAAUGGAGCUUCUGUAGACAUCCUAUUCUAUGAUGCUUAUCAAAAGAUGGGGUAUGCUGAUUCACAGUUGACACCGUCCAACAUGCCGAUCUAUGGUUUCAACGGAGUAGAAUCCAAGAUUGAAGGAAUGAUCCAAUAA